CCCUCUUCUUAACCUAGAAAUCAAAAUCAGAGACUCUAGCUCGUUAUCGUCGGGAAAAAUGGCUUCACUAUGUCGAUCGUUGUCCAAACCAGCGUUCUCUGCGUUUAGAUCUGCAAUGAACAAGCCAACUCUCCGACCCAAAUCGGCUUCAUCAUUUCUCGGCGUCCCUCCGUCGCCUGGACUUGCAAGGCCGAUUGGUCAGCUAGGUUCGCUUCAGUCGCUGCUUCCAUUAUACAGUGCGGUAGCUUCUGCUAGGCUGACUUCAUGCCUCGGUAUUGAUUCGAUGAACUCAAGGUCCUUGUCCCAGGGUAUGAUCUGCUGUGCGAAUCCAGGAGUUUGAUAUUCUCCCAUUAUCUCUUGUGUUUAGUUAGCUUGGCCUAAGCGUGCCUCGGUAAAGAGACCAGAACUCAAAGACAAUGGCUUUCAUUUGAGAUCAGAUUCUCCACAGUUUUUUUGCUUUGCUGGUCUAAACUCAGCCACUCGGAUCAGUUUCUUCUGUUUUUUUCGGGAGUGAUAAACAUUCUCCUUUCUUUUCAUUUAGUUAACAAUUUCUUUUGAAAUUUUGUACACUUCCAACGCAUCACACGAUUGAACAAUAAUAGUCUUUUUUUGUCUGUGUCCA